AUGACUUCGCCCGCUGUUGCAGCUCAAUCACUCACUCCAGCCGCCAUUCAAGCGGCAUAUGGUCUCAUCCAACCACAUGUGCACCGUACGCCGCUGCUGACAUGCAAAACACUCGACACCAUCGCCUCAACACCCCAAUCCACCGAAGCCUUGGUCGGAACGCUGUUUGAAGGCCAAACUCCCGCUAGCCCACAAUUUCGAUUUUUCUUCAAGUGCGAGAACUUUCAGCGAAUUGGUGCCUUCAAAGCAAGAGGUGCAUUCCACGCAUUGCUGCGACUGUUGGAGGAGCGCGGGGAGGAAGUCAAACGGCGCGGGGUGAUUACACAUAGCUCUGGAAACCAUGCACAAGCCCUUGCCCUCGCUGCCUCGACUCUAGGCAUUCCCGCCUACGUUGUGAUGCCCCGCAUCAGCACGCCAUCGAAGAUUGCGGGUACGCAGUCCCACGGGGCAGAGGUCAUCUUCAGCGGCUCGACGAGUGUAGAACGUGAAGCUGUGGUGGCAGAGAUACAGGCGAAGACAAAUGCCAUCCUCGUGCCGCCGUAUGAUGACUUCAAUAUCAUUUGUGGGCAGGGUACAACCGGUUUGGAGCUGGAGGCACAGCAUGCUGAACAAUCUAUGUCCGGAACCCUGGACGCAGUUAUCACUCCUAUUGGUGGAGGUGGACUCAACUCCGGCGUGGCGACGUGGUUCUCGGAUAAGCAGACACGCGUGUUCGGUGCAGAGCCCAGCUUUGAAGGUGCAGAUGAUUGUCGACGCGGGCUGCAGGCCGGGAAGCGAGUGGAAGCCGUCGGCACCCUGACUAUCGCAGACGGGCUACGCACUCCCGUGGGAUUACUCAAUUGGGAGGUUAUCUCCAACGAGAAGAAGGUGGAAGGGGUAUUCGCUGUCACCGAAGAGCAGAUCAAGUCAGCCAUGCGGUUGGUUAUAGAGCGCAUGAAGGUUGUUGUUGAGCCGAGUGCAGUGGUUGGACUGGCCGUAUGUCUCUUUGAUGAGAACUUCAGGCGACGAGUCGAACAAGAGGGUGGCAAGGAUGGAUGGGAUGUUGGCGUUGUGUUCAGCGGCGGCAACACAACCGUCGAGGCGGUUGCCAAGCUGUUUACAUGA